AUGUCCUUGGAGCGUCUGAAAGCCAUUGUCACACAGAGCGACGCUACGGCCUCGCUACUCGGACAAGGCUUGGUGAAUUUAGACGUCGGUCACGAUUUUGACCAGCAGAUGCUUCAGAUCUUUCGUGAAGCUAUGCUUGUAUGGAUAUGUUUUGAGCAAAUCGGGAUCCAGCGAUUCACAACGGACGAGAAGCGAUCGAUUAGUAUGAUGCGGUUGAACAUAGAUCAUCGCUUAUUAUCGUAUCCCUUUGACUAUGUACAAUCUCAACGCCCGGUUCAAGAAGCUUGUCGGCUCGCCUUUAUCCUGUUUAGCAAUGCUCAUUACAACGUCAUCCAGCCUACGAGCGAGAUCGCACGAUGUUUGGUUCAAGACCUACAGGCUGCUUUGAAGGCAACAGACUUGUUGUCCCUCUGGGGAAAUGCAUCCCUCACUCUGAUCUGGACCUUGUUUCUGGGUGCCCAUCUGAGCUUUGGCCAGCAGGAAAGGCCUUGGUUCGUCGCCAUGUUGAGCAGAGCGGCGAGGAAAUGCGACCUGAACCGGUGGGAAGAUGUCCGGCGGUGCUUGGUUUUGUAUUACUACUCCCCACGAGUCUUCGAGGCAUCCUUCCACGCCAUCUGGAGUGAAGUGGAGAUCCUGACCACUUUAUUGAACCCGGUGGUAUAG